GACGUUUACAGAUGCAGUUCUGUGCUGGAAAAUAACGACCCUUUCAAGAAAAUGUUGUAUCCAGCGGAGAGAAAGGAAGAUCGGUGCGCACUGGCGAUGCAUGGAAACUGCAUCGAAGUGAAAUGGAUCGAAUGAGACGUCGCGCUGCCGGUCCAGGGCCGUCCGGAGGUGAUACGGUGGCGAGAUGGCGGCGGAGGGGAGGAGCGCCGCCGGCGGCUGGUGGCCGGCCGUCUGCGUGCUGCUGUGCCUGGCGCUGGCGGCGCUGGAGGUGUUCCACCUGCAGCAGACGGCGGAGCUGCGCCACCAGCUGCUCAGACACCGCGGCCGGCUGGACGCCCUGGAGCAGGCGCUCACCGACACACUGAUGGAGUCGGUCGCCGCGGUGCGUCUGCGGCGGUCGGUGGCCGCCGCGCAGACCAGUCCGGCGGGAAUCCCGAUCGUGAGCCGGCCGUACGGCCACCGACCGGCCGACCGGCCCACCCAGGCGCCCGUGAUGCGCGUGUACGACACGUUCGGCGCUUCCACCGACCGGCCCGGGGACGGCCGGUCUCUGCUGCCCCACCACAGGAGCAGCGCUGCAUUCCAGGGCAGCCGGCUGGGCCGGGUGAACGUGGAGCGACGGCCGGAGCCGCGGCCGACAGAGGCCCAGGCGCUCCACCACCGCAAGUCGCGAGUCAAAGAGGCCGACACAAGGGCUAAGAAGGAGCGACGCGCGAGGCCUCAGGGCGAGCGGCGCCGGUCGAAGCCAACUGAGCUCAAGCGGCUCGACGCCAAACGGACCAAACUGCGCCGGAUGAAGGCUCGGCGGCUGGAGGAAGCCCGCGGUGCCCCGGUCGGCUUCUCACCCGGGCCCUCGAGUCUGCGCGCCUCGCCAGCCUGGCCUUCUCGGGAGUGGGGCGCCCCGCGGGUGAGCCCGAGUGGCGCCCGUGACCCGUACCCGGAUCCGGAACAGGACUCGGACCCGGACCCGGAACCGGCGGGGUCCGGCGGCGGCCAGGGACACCGCGGCGGCAGCGGCGGCCCCAGGCGCGGCCGGCGGAUGCAGCGGAUGAUGGAGGAGCUGCGACAGGCGCUGGGGACCACGGCCGCGCAUCUCGAGGGCCACACCACCGAGUACGCGCUGGGACACCCGCAUUACAACGGGAACGGCAUACUGCGUAACGCCCAGCCGGACUCGCGGUUCGCCGACUGGCGGUUCGCGCCCUGGGUCUACACGCUCGGCUACAGCAACGACUUCACCCUGCACGGCGGAGAGAUCACCGUCAAGAGGCCCGGAGUCUACUACCUCUACGCCCAGAUAAAUUACCUGGAUCCCGGUGACAUAAACGGUUUCGAGCUGCUCGUCUCGGGCCGCUCGUUCGCCAAGUGCUUGACGAUGGAGUCGACCAACCACCGUCAGAAGGUCAACACGUGCCACACCAGCGGCGUCACCUACCUCGACGUCGGUGACUCGGUCAGCGUCCGGGACAUUGAGAGGAUGCGCAUCUCGAUGCUCUUACCCGACCGCAGCUUCUUCGGCCUGGUGCGGCUGGCUGGCACGGGUGGUGGGGACGCCGGGCGGCGGCGGCGGCGGUCCGGACCGAGCACGGGCGGCAGCGGGUGAACGGGGCGGCGGCGGCGGCUCUGUCUGGCGAGCAGGUGCGUCGCCGGGGCAGAGACAAUGUGAAAAGCCUUCAAUAGACCUCUGAGACCACCCAGAGUGGGUGCACUCACAGGGGUAGCAGAUAUCUUCGUGUACUGUGGACUGUGGAGAUGGAACUCAAUGCGGCACGGAUUUGACCCGGCUGUGCCGUACCGGAGUACCGCGAGCCUGCGACCGCGCAGGGGAGACAGCGGUGUUCAAAGGUGCCUCUUGUACCGGCGGGCGCUCAGUGCGUUGGGGCGUUCGCUGAGACAUUUGCUAGGUGCGUGCCAUUAUAUGUUCUCAUCAAACGUCAUUGGCCCUGGGGCUGCACGGCAGUUGGUUAGUCCUGCCGCGUUGCCAGUCACUGCAUACCUAGUUAGUUCCUGCCGUGUUGAAAUGCGUAAGGACACAUAUUACAUUUGCAUGUGGCCAUGAAUUUUAUAGGUAUGCUUCCAUAUAUACCGUGUUUUUGCCGUCAUAAGGGCGUUCUGUCUGUAUGUUGCACUUGCGUCACAAGCAAAUGAGCAAGUGGUGGUUUUUCAUCCUAACCCGUGAACGCGAUCAGACAAUCAGCCGACGCACCCCGUGGUGUGGAUACUGGAUAGCUAUGGCAUUUACCAAGAGAAUUGUCCCGUGUCCGUGCCAAGCAGGUGAUCCAUGACACUUCAGUGCCAUUACAUGACGGUAUGACGAAUGUGCCAAAAACCUGUAUCCCACUUGUGCAGCACUAAUAUUGAAGCACCAUGCUUCACAUGAAUUGAGAUUUGCGGUGGCAUCACGGUAUAUUGACGCUUAUCCUUUUUCAUAAACAUAUUUAAUCGCCACUUUAGGGUAAUGUGUCAUUGUCUUGAAAAUGUUCUAGGGAAUAAACAAAAUGAAAGA